UUCCGUUUGGUGGCAAUGAUGGGUGUGUGUGAGAUGUGUGUGUGUGCGUCUUUCUCUGUUCUUUUCUUUUUGAAGAAUUGUAGAUUUGCGCAUUGAUUGGAAUGUUGAAAGAGCGUGUAGCUUUUAUACUGUUGUGUAAACUCGGCCGCAAGUGGGGGCUUCGUUGGUUGUCUGGUUGUUGGUUUCACAUUAUUUGAGUGUAUGGUCUUGGGUUCUGUUGUGUGGUCGCAUAACUGGUUUAUUUUCAUAAAACCCCGGGUUAUGGCAUGGUCUAAAAUGCUGGCGCACGAGAAGAUAUUCAAUGAGACAUAAAUAAUUCAUUAAAACUGCCAAAAGACACAAUAAUAGAAGCCUCAGCAUUUGAGGGGGCGGUUUCACCCAUGAAGCCAGCUACAUCGAAGCUCUGUAUACAGUUCACCCAUCAUUCCCAGUUCACUAUCUACUAACUCACACCACUGGAAAGCAUCUUCACCUAUAACACUGGCAUACGAGAUGUCCCAAGGGCCCAUCGAAGAGAAAUUGUUUUAUUAUUUUACUACAUAAAUUUGAUUGAAAAUGGGAACGAUGGAGGCGGCGUUCUGGGAAAUUGUUGCUGCGUUUUUGUGGAUGAAAAAAUAUUGUGCAUAUGCAAAUGACGUCAGGAAUUACAAACGACGUACGGGAAACACAUUCGAACCUGCUACGCCUGUAAACAAUGGGUUUAAUUUGCGUUUUCGAAACAUUCCAUUCGCACAUCUCUCGCACUUCGCUGUUUUCUUUUAAUGUACCAUCGGUCCGUUAAUAUUCGCUCUCGCCUUUUUCGUUCCGUUUUUUGUUAUUUAUUUUGUCUCUCUUUUUAUAACCGUGCCCGCCGCCACUAUUCAUUUCCCCCCAACUGUUGCGUAACAACAUUGGUUAUCUGUUGGGUGGCGAUUGGUUGAGGACGAGUGGCGGUGAAACCCGAUUGGCCUUCAGAUCCACCCCCGCCGGCGCAUCUGUGGUCCCUCCGAUUCGCCGGCCGCCAAACGCGAAAUCUGCACAAAAAAAACAUACAACCCCGCCACCCCCUAUCGCUGGCUUGGUUACCGGUCAUAAAUUCCGUGAUCUGCAUACGCGAACAGUUCCAAUUCGGCUCCGAAUCAUCUCAAAUUAAGACAAACAGAAAUAAACAAAAAAAAUCUGCCCAACAAGAUGGUCCGCAUAUCGCCCAGAGGUAUGGGGAUACCAUGUGCUACAAAUUGCAAGUUGCAAUGUGCACUGUUCAUCAUAGGCUUGCUGUCGCUGGUGUACGUGCUGUACAACGCUUCGCCACAGUUGAUAGUGGCACCCCAGGCACCCCAGGCUCACGUCAUGCUCAAUAUAUCAAAUACCAUGGCUGUAACCACACAUAAUGCCUCCCUUCUAACUGGGAAGAAUGCAACUACGGUGUCGGAGGCGGCUCCAGCCGGGGUUCAGCAACCUCACCAGGACCUCACAAGAGGUGUGCCGGCGGAGUUCAUCUACGAGGCCGGCCACGUUGGCUUCAAUUCAGACAUCUGUCCAGAUCUGGGAAAGAACCUACAGCUGUUGAUCGCCAUCACCUCCGCGCCCAGCCACCAGAGUUCGAGAAUGGCCAUCCGGCAGACCUGGGGUCACUAUGGCUCUCGACGGGACGUGGCCAUCACCUUCAUGUUAGGCACCACUUCCAACCAAACGCUUAUCGACCAAAUAAAGGAGGAAGAGUUCUUGUAUGGUGACAUCAUCACCGGCAAAUUCAUAGACACUUACGACAACCUAACGUUGAAAACGAUUUCGAUGCUGGAAUGGGUGGAUAACUACUGUCCAAAAGCGUCGUUCGUACUUAAGACUGAUGACGACAUGUUCAUCAACGUCUCCCGACUACUGGCGUUCAUCGGGAAGCACAAGCCGGAGCAGAGGAACAUCUACGGUCGUCUGGCUAAAAAGUGGAAGCCUAUUAGGAAUAAGAAAUCCAAGUAUUAUAUAUCGCCCCAGCAGUAUAAGCCCGCCGUAUUUCCGGACUUCACCACCGGUCCAGCUUAUCUGCUGCCGGCUCGCUUAGCGAAGGAACUCUACACCGCAGCUCUGAAUCAUACUUAUUUCAAGUUGGAGGAUGUCUUCGUGACCGGCAUCGUCGCCAACAGCUUGAAGAUCAAGCGCGUCCAUGCCCCGGAAUUCCUAAACAAACGCGUAUCCUUGACACCCUGCGCAGUACAGAGAGGGAUCAGCAUACACAUGGUCAAAGGUGCUGAGCAGUACGAUUUAUGGAAGAAAUUACUAGACGGUUUGGCGAAAUGUAAAUAAAUUGGAUACUAGUCAUUCCAGUAUUUAAUCACUAAUCUCCUUCAUGUUAACGAAUUCAUGUAGAGAAUGUUCCAAAUAUAAUCUUCCAUUAAAUGUGUAUCAGCCCCGGGCGGCACCCAUCCCUAAUGUAAAUACUCAAGAGACUAUAUGUGACUAAAAGAAACGAAAUGAAAUACAGCCGAAUAAUUUAUUUAUUUCAAGCCCAUGUUCUCUCUAUCAUUAUAAUUUUUGUUUUGUAUUUGCAUGCUGGAUUUACAUCCCUUCCUGAGGUGAAUUCUCGAAUCCAGCAUUAGGCUGUGCUAAUAAAUAUAUUCUCGAUUUUUCUCAA